AUGAUGUUCAUGUCAGUUAGAAAACCACCACUUUCUUCUUCCAAAGGCACGGCAAAAAACCCUGCCUUGCGCAAGGGUGAUAUGGGGACAGGGCAUGAGACCUCGCAAGGUUCCAUUCCGACUGUUCCCAAGACCGUCCCACUCCGCAACAACACCCGAUGUAGCAGUGGAAAUCCUUUUCUGUACGGCUCGCAACGUGGUGGUGCAUUGCCCUACCAGACCACCAAUUCGCUCUUUUUAGGGAGCGUUGCACAGGGCAAAACGGGCGAAUCAAGUCCUAGAAACAACAGCAAUGGCAAUGGCAAUAGCAAUAACAUCUUUGGACAUGAGGAGCCUACCAUUUCCACUGGUGGUGGGGCGCUGCAUAGUGGAAGUGGCGGCCGUUCUAUCGUAGGGCGACGCGUGCAGUCAAAAAUUGAUUUGAAGCGUAAUUCAAGCGAUGAUGUUGCGGCUGUUCUCGGUGGUUCGAGUCUAGCGAAUGUGGACCGCACCGCAAACGGCGCCACACGAAAAGCAUUUUCAGGACCACCAUCAACCCGUGUUCCGGCAAUUCAAGGUGGGGGAGUUGGAAGUGGCGGGGAUACCAUGCUGCAUCGGCCACAUCCGCCUGGUAGCGGAGGCGCGAAAUUGGGUGUACGCCCAAUACAAUUUGCCCUGAACGGCAACAGUAGCCAACGUUUGUCGCCGGUCCCGCCUGCUCCCCCCGUUCUUUUUGACCAACACAAAAAUGUAUUGGAGCACACCCCGUUUUCCUCGCGCCAGGGGAAAAAGGGGUCACAUGGAAGCGUGGAUCCAUUUGCCACAACACAUAUUCUCAACGGUGUGGGCACAAGGCUUCCCCCUCAAUUGGAUGAAGGAGGUACACGGUGGGGUAAGGAUGUAUCGACACCGUUUGCACUCGCGUCUGUAAAACUGCAGCAAUUGUCUCUGCCAGAGAGAUCCACAUCUCCAAGGUUGGCGUCAGAACCACCUGCUGCUUCGGCCCGCUGCAGUGGCGCUGUGGCGAAUAGUACUAAAUUAUCGGGUAGUGCUCCCGAAGAUAGCAGUACCAAAAGCAAUAUCCUUCAAUAUGACUUUCGUGUAGUGGCUAGUACCGGAAAGACAUUCAACUCUCCCAUAAAACUUACGGUUGGUGUGGGUAGUCUUCAAGGACACCGUCCAACGAUGGAAGAUGAGCACUUUGUUCGCCUGAAUGCAGCAACGGCGGCGGGACAGUCUGUGUCUUUGCUUGGUAUUCUUGACGGUCACUGCGGCCGUCGUGUGGCCGAGUUAGCGUCAAGACAUGUCCCGGAUAAUUUUGUCGCCCACUCGGCACUUGGUGAAAACAAUGCAUUGGCUUUUGUAGAAUCUAUUAUACAGGCAGAUCGAGCCAUUUUUCAUGCUCUAGGUAAAGGUACAGGCGGGGGAGCGAGUGUUAGUUGCAACAGCAGCGGCGGUUCUACUCUUAUUGCCGCCGCUGUUCAUGGGCGCAUGUUGUAUGUAGCCUGUUUGGGAGAUGCCAGGGCAGUGCUUUACGAUGGCAACACAACCAUUCCCAUGAGUGAGGACCAUAAGCCCACCACAAAACGGGAGCACACACGUAUUCUUCAGUGUGGUGGGUUCGUACAGUUUGGUAGGGUGUGUGGCAUUCUUGCGGUGAGUCGGGCGUUAGGAGACUAUGAAUUUAAAUUCAACGGCAAUAGGUUUAUUGCAAAUCGGGAACUGAUGGUGUCAAAUGUGGCAGAUGUACGACAAAUCAACUUAACAGACUCUAGUAAUUUUCUUUUGAUGGCCUGUGAUGGUCUGUGGGAUGUCGUAGAAAACGAGGAGGCCACACAAUUUGUUCGGGACUUCUUAAGCUACACGCCAGAUGUGGGUUCAUCCCCGGAGGCUACGAAGCGUGCGCUUAACAACUGUUGCCAGAAACUUGCCGAGUUUGCCGUGGAUCGUGGGAGCACGGACAAUGUCUCCGUGAUGUUGCUAUUUUUCCAUGAUGUAGCAGAUGUUGUGGCUGGGUUUGACAAGCCAGUGGGGGCGGUCGCUUCACCUCCGGCAAGUCAAGUAUUGUCACCACGACUCACUGGCCCAAGUCGCGGCAUCCCAUUUGGUAGCUCCAUGCUUGACGGGGGUCUGCACACGAGCAGUGGGACAUCAGGAACGAGGCGCCCAUCGUUUGGCUCCGUCUCCUCACUGCACGGCCGCGGUCGCUCUAUCUGGUAA